GUGAUCGCGUGUUUUAACGCGGACUUCCGGUUGGAACGUUUAAGUGGUGUAACCACCGUCCGCACGAGUAGUUAUUUGUUCAAAUAAACAAAUAACGACAAAUAUUACAGUUCCGUAAUGGAUAUACUUAAAGCUGAAAUCGCAAGGAAGAGGAAACUCGUCGAAGAGAAAGAGCUUAUCGACGACUCAAAAAAAUUCUUCAAAAGGGCUGAUCUUGCACGCAAGGAACAAGAGGAUUACUUCAGAAGAUGUGGAUAUAAGGUUCAGAGAGAGACUCCUGAGAGCCAGAUUGAUAAAAAGGAGGAAGAUGAGACACCCACCUCAGCUAAUCCAGUGUUAGAACUGGAACUAACAGAGGAGAAGCUGCCAAUGACACUGUCACGACAGGAGGUAAUUCGUCGGCUUAGAGAGCGAGGGGAACCAAUCAGAUUGUUUGGAGAGUCCGACUAUGAUGCCUUCCAGAGACUCAGGAAGAUUGAGAUUCUGACGCCAGAAGUAAACAAGGGCUUGAGGAAUGACCUGAAAGCAGCCAUGGACAAGAUCGACCAGCAGUACCUGAAUGAGAUUGUUGGUGGAACAGAGUCAGGAGAAUUGGACACACAGCACGACCUGAAAGUACACGAAGAAAACACCACUAUAGAAGAACUGGAGGCUCUUGGUAAAACCCUGGGCACAGGAGAUGAUGAUGGAGACCAGGAUGUUAUUGACAAGUUUUUGAGGUUUCUUCUUGGUGUUUGGGCCAAGGAUCUGAACAGCCGAGAGGACCAUGUGAAGCGUAGCGUUCAGGGCAAGCUGGCCAGUGCAACACACUCACAGACUGAGUCUUAUCUCAAACCCCUCUUCAGGAAGCUCAGGAAGAAGAGCUUACCAGCUGACAUCAAAGAGUCAAUCACAGACAUCAUUAAAUUCAUGUUGGAGAGAGAAUAUGUCAAGGCAAAUGAUGCCUAUCUGCAGAUGGCCAUUGGAAAUGCUCCUUGGCCUAUCGGUGUGACCAUGGUGGGCAUCCAUGCCCGUACUGGGCGAGAAAAGAUUUUCUCCAAACAUGUGGCGCACGUUCUCAACGACGAGACACAAAGAAAAUACAUCCAGGGACUGAAGAGGCUAAUGACUAUCUGCCAGAAACACUUCCCAACUGAUCCAUCAAAGUGUGUGGAGUACAAUGCUCUGUAACUUAUAACCUUACUUUAACCUAUGCCAAGGCUGUCCAUCGUAUCACUGUCCAAAAUGGGAAUUUCUCACUGCAGGCCUCACUGAAAUGUGUUUGUGGCAGAAAUUCCUCAAAAUUUUGUAAAGCAGAGGCCUUCAACUUUAUAUGCAUUUCACAGCGAAAAUGUAUAAUUAUUUAAACAGAAUUAGGGUAAGGCCUGUUGUAUACAGUGAGAAUUAUUCUAACUUUUAAGUGUAAUGAAAAUAUCUCAGAUUUAGCUAGAGAUGGCUCAACAGCCCUUGAGUCUUAUUACACUCUUAUUGUGGAUUUUGGGAAAGCCAGUGCACCUGUCAGACCAUUAAUAGUCACAGAUCUUCAGUCCUUCUCAGAAUAUGUAUGUUAUAUAUGGGUUAUUGAGGAGUCAAAACUUUCUGCAGGAAUGUUAAAAAGUAAAAGGAUUUAAUUUUAUUUACUGUUCUUGUCGUAGACUCUAAAAUUAUAUUCCUUUUAACAUUGGCUUACAUACUUACAUAAGUUUUUCAAAAAUUUUUUUAAUGAUGUGGCAAGCCAAGUAUUAUUUACCAAGGAUGAUCCAGUAGUGUAAGUUCUAUUACACCUGAGAUAUUACAGUUCUCACCUCUUAAAUGGCAUGCUAUAACAGCUGCAGUUUUAUGUGCAUGUUUGAGUUUUCAGCAGAAAUCGAAACCGAUCAAUGUGUCUCUACAAUCUCAGUGAGGAAAUAAAGUGUUGUUUCAUUAUACCAACAACAAUCCUGACGAUUGUUAAUUUUUAUGCAGCAUGAAAAGGUAAUUUUCCCCUCUAAGAUAAACUUUGUUUCAUAAUUGUAAAGAUUUGCCCUUUUGUCCCCCUGCAGCUGGACUCAAUAGGACUAUUUUUAGCAACCACAGGUUGUUGGGUUUUUUUUUUUAAGAAAAUGCAUCUAGAGGGACACAGUUCCUAAUAAAAGACUCUAUUCAGCAAAUGUG